AAAGUCAAUCAAUUAAUGAAACGUCAUAUGUAAUUUUUGGUAAUAAAUAAACAAUAAAUGUAAAAUACCUUCAUAAAAACUUUAAGCGGCUAAUAACUAAUAUAUUUAUCUUAUCGACUAUUGCCUUCUAUCAAGGAGUUAUUGUUAAUAAUCAGUAAGAGUCACUUUAGAACAUUGAUAAUACAUUUCCCUAGUAAAAAAAUGGAAGAUCAAGUGGAGGAAUUGGAGUUAAAACCGGUUAAUGUCAGGCGCACAUUCACGCUGAGGAAUAACAUAGCGCGGCAGGUAGCUGUUAAUUUCAUGCCAUCUAGACAAAUUCCAUAUGGCACGCUGCGCCUGCGCCGCAGCAACUCUGAUAGCGAGGCGCUGCUGGCGGGGGGCGCUGACAGCGAUCGGCAAGCUGACAUCAUCGUCCGCGAAAUGGAGCAGCUACAGCGGCUGAUGGAGGACAACCCUGUCUCCGAGGAGCUUAGGAGGGAGGCGUUGCGCGAUUUGCCGCAGGGGCUGACGAUGAAGCGCACAGUCCGCGCCAAGCUGUCCGCCUCCGUCAGUCUGCGCUCCAAGCACAGACCGAUCUCCUUCUACAAGCGCCUCAAGUAUCGGAUCAGCUUUGCUAUGAAGAAGGUCAUUUGCCUAAUAUUAUAACUUGCUUAUUAUAACACUUGAAAAUGGCGUUUUAAAGUGAUACAGAAGGCAGACGUGAAGUGGAAAUCUUUACAUUUUAGUCCCCUUUCACUUCCCACCCUUUACUUAU